CACAGUCUAGUAGACGAUACAAGGUGUUGCACACUGAAUGCCAUGUCAAGGAGGAAAACUUAUUGUGUCAGGGCUGUUGUUUAUAUAACAAGAUUUUGUUGUUUGCAGCCAUAAGAUUACUUGGAAACAGAUGUCUGCAACUGCUACCCGUCUUGUCCAAUUUGGGAAUAUCGGUUUUGAUUCAGCACGAAUUUGAUAUAGUUGAGGAAAUCGACUCUGGUGAAAUGUUGGCAAAAGUGAAUGUUCUAAAGUGAGAAUUAUAACAAACGCAACAGCAGCUGUUAUAAGAAAUAAAAUUCUGCUGAAUCACACAAAUACCAUGGAUAGAAGCAAAAAGCUCAGAAUGCUGGGAUCAGAGUCUGUGGAGUAUUCCGUGAGAAAACGAAUAUCAUUGGUUAAACGAAAACUUGGAGGUCUGGGUUUUCUUAUCCGCAACUGCAAUUCAGCGCCAAUGAUAUGGAAUGUUGUAAAAGGAGGCGAAGCCGAGGCAAGAGGCAUAGAAGUUGGAUACGUGAUUGAGACCGGUGGCUUGUCGUAUGACCAGGUAGUUGAUAAGCUUGCUAGGGUGACAGUUGGAAGAACGGUGACAAUAAGUUUCAAAGCAGUCGUGAAGAAGCAUCGAAACGCGAAAUCCUCUGCAACUAAGAUGGACAACAAACAGACGGAGGAAGAUCCGCAAACAAUCCACGGCACCAGAGACGAAUCACUCUCUAAUGGAAAAGCAGGUACAAAGACAGAGACAAACCAUCAUCAAAAUGGAGUUACCCCGAGUUAUUCAAAUCUUGGUACCAGGGGAUCCUUCGUGACAACAGAAAAGCAAUACUUCAAACUGGAAAACUUUAUAACAAACAAGCAGACUAUUGAUACACUUCAUCAGCGCUCGGAGGGGGUUCACUGCACAAAGAAAUCAUGUCUUGGAUCUAUGAUGCAACCAACACUUCGUCCAUAUGGAAAAAUGCGCCCCAAAGAGGAAAUAGCAAAAGAGGCAGUACAGUUGCUAAAAGAUUACUUCAAGUCAAUUAAAAAAAAUGAUACUGCUGAUGAGGCCAGCCGCAUAUCUGCCGCAAUGAAGGAGAUUGAAGAGCGUGGUACCUAUGAGCUAGAACUGAAAGAGCUGAUUUUUGGCGCUAAAAAUGCAUGGCGCAAUGCUGCCAGAUGUAUUGGUAGAAUUCAAUGGAACAAGUUGCAGGUAUUUGAUGCUCGUGACGUCACAACUGCACGUGGGAUGUUCGAUAUGAUCUGCAAGCACAUGAAAUUUGCUACAAACAAGGGAAACAUAAGAUCUGCCAUUACAAUUUUUCCACAAAGGAGGGAGAACAUGAAAGAUUUCAGAAUUUGGAAUUCACAGUUUAUCAAAUAUGCUGGCUACAAACAGCCUGAUGGUACAGUUGUUGGAGAUCCAUUUAGUGUUCAAAUGACCCAGAUAUGCGAGUCUUUGGGAUGGAAAGGAGAAGGAGGACCAUUUGAUGUUCUGCCCCUUGUUCUACAAGCCAGUGGACAAGAACCUGAAUUGUUUGUCAUUCCUCCUGAUCUUAUCAUGGAGGUGCAGAUCACGCAUCCAAAGUACCCCUGGUUUGAAGAACUAGGCCUUAGAUGGUACUGUUUACCAGCUGUGUCAAACAUGAUUUUUGAUGUUGGUGGCGUCGAGUUCCCCUGUGCUCCGUUUAAUGGCUGGUAUAUGUCUACCGAAAUUGGUGCGAGGAAUUUCGGUGAUGUUGCCAGGUACAAUAUGCUUAAGCCUGUGGCAUUGAGAAUGGGCCUAGACACACGCUCUAAUACAUCGCUUUGGAAAGAUCAAGCAUUAAUCGAGCUGAAUAUAGCCGUUCUUCACAGCUUUAACGCCAGUGGAGCUACGAUAAUGGACCACCAUACAGCCUCUGAGUCGUUCAUGAAACAUUUGGAAAACGAGGAGAAGUUGAGAGGUGGAUGCCCCGCUGAUUGGGUUUGGAUUGUGCCACCGAUAUCAGGAAGCAUAUGUCCUGUGUUCCAUCAAGAAAUGCUUGCAUACACUGUGAAACCGACAUUUGACUACCAGGAAGAUCCUUUCAAAUAUUUUCCUAUUGACAAAAAAGAGGGUCUUAGGAAGCGCCGAUUUGGUUUCAAAGAAGUAGCAAAGGCUGUGAAGCUUACUGCAAAGUUGAUGGGAGAGGCAAUGAAGAAGCGACACAAGGCAAUCAUAUUGUACGCAACAGAGACAGGAAAAUCGGAGAACUAUGCUCGAAUUCUUGGUGAUCUGUUCUCCCAUGCUUUCGACCCAAAGGUAAUGUGCAUGGGAGAUUUCAACUUUCCAGAACUGGAACACGAGCAACUGGUUUUGAUUGUCACAAGCACUUUUGGUAAUGGAGAAGCACCAAGCAACGGCGAAUCAUUUGGGGAAUUGCUGUACAAACUUAAGCAUCCUCCACCAAGAUCUGCCGUGAGGACACGUCGACUUAGCAACAUCCACAUACAGCAAUACAACAGUAUUGACCGCGAUGGAGGAGAUAGCUCACAGCCCCUAGCUAAUCUAAGGUUCUCUGUUUUUGGUCUUGGUUCAAGGGCCUAUCCUCAUUUCUGUGCCUUCGCACAUUCGUGCAGAAAUCUCAUCGUUGGCCUGGGUGGGGAGGAAGUUUUUCCAAUCGGAGAAGGUGACGAGCUUUGUGGUCAAGAAGAGUCAUUUAUGAGCUGGGCAAAAGAUGUGUUCAAGGCCGCAUGUGAAACAUUCUGCACUGACUUCUUAGCAAACGAAUGUGUUGACAGCCUGGCUGUAUCAUCUACGUCGUGGAAGAAAGGACGGUUCAGAUAUGUUGUUGAUGAAGCUAAUGAAACAGCAGAGCAGUCACAAGGUCUUGAGCUGGUGCACCACAAGAAAGUCUACUUUGUCGAAGUCAUUUCCAAAGAGAAACUCCAGCAUCCAGAUUCAAGCCGAUCAACUAUCCUUGUCCGCAUGAGUACUGGAAGCAAACAGGAAUUGUCAUACGUGCCUGGUGAUCACCUUGCUGUCUUCCCAGAAAACAGAGAAGAACUCGUCGACACUCUGAUUGACUUACUUGAUGAUGCUCCCGAUCCAGAUGCACCACUCAGGAUGGAACUCUGUAAAGAAGUAUCAGGCCCUUUCGGUCCAAUAAAGAAAUGGGAGGUGAUGAAGCGCUUGCCGGAUCCGUGUACACUACGAGAAGCAUUGACUCGGUAUUUAGACAUUGCAACACCUCCAACACCACAGCUUCUUGCACAACUUGCAAUGCAGGCCACCGAUCAGAAGGAAAAGGAAAAAUUGGAAGAACUUGGCAAGGGAUCAAGUUUGUACGAAGACUGGAAGUUUUACAGAUUUCCAAAUCUUGUUGAAGUACUCCAGGAAUUUCCCUCCGUUAAAGCAGAUGUAAUGCUCAUUCUGACCCAGCUUCCACUUCUUCAAUCGCGCUAUUAUUCAAUAUCUUCGUCGCCAUUGCUGUAUCCAAAUGAAGUGCAUAUUACUGUUGCUGUUGUGAAUUACAGAACCCAAGGUGGCCAAGGUCCCUUGCAUCAUGGUGUUUGCUCAACUUGGUUGAAUUCCUUACACCCUGGGGAUGCAGUGCCAGUACGAAUAAGAUCAGCACCCAGCUUCCAUUUGCCUGAUGAUAAAUUCCUCCCAGUUAUUAUGAUUGGCCCAGGAACGGGCAUAGCCCCAUUCCGUGCAUUCUGGCAGCAACGUUUCUACGAGAUUCAAAAUGGAACAAUGAAAGAGGACCUUGGACCUAUUGAAUUGUAUUUUGGCUGCAGAACAUCAAAACUAGACUUCAUCUACAAAGAUGAGUUACAGGAAAUGUCCGAAGGAGGAGUAUUAGACGGGCUGCAUACUGCUUUUUCCAGGGAGCCUGGACAGCCAAAGCAAUACGUGCAAGAUUUGCUCAAGAAAAAUUACGAACAGAUAUGUGAAUUAAUCCUGCUAAAUGGAGGUCAUAUAUUUGUGUGCGGUGAUGUUUCUAUGGCCUCUGAUGUCUCUAACACACUGCUUAAUCUUCUGCAAGAAUUUGCUGCUUUGUCUCAAGUCGAAGCACAAGAGUUGAUGGCACAGCUAAGGUCAUCUGGAAGGUACCACGAAGACAUCUUUGGAGUUACAUUACGAACUGCUGAAGUUACGGAUCGUGUUCGUUCUGCUGCCAAAAGGGCGUGGUCAUUUGUUGGUGGUCCUGCCAAGCAAGAUAAGGUGGCUCCAGGAAGGCGUCAUACUCAAACCCGUAUUGAAGGCUAUACUAACAUGGAACGUUCACAAGCUGGUGCAACUCAUAAAUUGUCACUGAAUGAUAAAAUUUUGGAAAAUGAGCCGAUGACCGAUGCAGAGAAAAGCAUCUGAGGCAUUCACCUUUUCGGAAUAGGUUGAUUUGAAGUGAAAAUCAAGAGGUGUUACCAUGUAUUUAAAUUCUUAUCUCUGCCUUAUGGAAUGGAAAAUGUUUGUGGUGUGUUAUUUACAAAUUAUACUAUCAAACAUAUCAUUUAUUUUUUAUUAGACAUUAUUUAAGCUAAUUAAACCAUUUUGAAAUUUGUAGGGGUGAUGUGUUUUCAUAAUUUGCAUACUUAACUAGCACUUGAAGCAGUAAUUUGAACCAAUCAUAAUUGGCCUACUGUAUUUUCUUGAUUUUAAACUACAAUCCUUGCCAAAAGUCUUGGUACACCAAGCUAAAAUUUCGCAUAACUUCAGUAGCAUCCCCCUCUCCCCCUUGAAACAAUGUUGAAUAACAACAGUUUCAAAGCUUGAAAUUCGUCCAAUGUCAGUUUAUCAGUUAGGGUAAGUAAUAGGCUUUUCAGCCAACAUUGUUUUUAGGGGGAGGGGGGAUAUUUCUGUAUCUUACAGCCGGAAACCUUUAUUUCUUCAAAAUCAUCAUUUGUCGCAGGGUGUUCCAAGGACUUUUGUCAAGGAUUGUACAGACGAUGGUUAUUUUAAGCAAGCGUUUUUGAGGAUGAUUUUUAAUGGAGAGUAUAAAUCAGGUCAUCUUUUAUUUCAUCCUGGUUAAAAAAUGCCUAGGUUGGUUGAUAAAAUUAGAGAGGUUAAAACCAAUUUAAAAGAAAUUUGACUCAUGGUCCAUUUCUCAACACUUUGUGUUUAUGGCAAAAAGUAAGAGGCUAUAGCCCUCUCCAGCUUCCUGCUCCAUUGUGACUGAUGCCAUAAGUCAUUUUCAUCUCAAGUAAAAGUUUAGUCGAAAUGAUGAUCUGGCAAAGAUUCCCUGCCUUUACAAUGUAGUCAUAAAUGCUGGUGGGGUAAGAACUGACAAAGAACAGCAUGAAAAGGUGCAGUUUGACAUUCAAGAGCCAGAGGAGGAGGAGGAGGAGGAAUUUUAAGGAAAUUGAUGAUCACAUUCUGGAAUAUUGUCUGUAGAGUGUGAUUAUUACUGCUAUUAAGAUUAGUUUCAUUUUGAGAAAUAAUUUAGCAAAUAUUUGCAUUUGUAGAUAAGGUUUGGAAGAUGUAACAGCUUGUGGUCAAUUGUGUGAUUCAAUAACAUCUUGUGAUCAAUUGUGUGUUUAAAUUCGAUAUAAUGAUUUUAAGAUUAAAUGAGAAUGAAUGAAAUAUAUUUUGCUUUUGUCAUGGCAUUAGUUCUAAAUAGGGGGUUGGGAUUCUACAAUGCCAAUAAAAAGACAAAUUGCCUCAUGAUCACACUAAGCGAGAAACUCAGAGUUGCAACUUUGAACCAUCCUGUUCUAUACACCAUAAAGCAUAUACAGCUCUGGCAAAAACAAUAAUCAUUAUUAAAAUCCUAAGACAGAUAGAGCUUGGUCUUUAAAUUCGCAGAGGCUUGCUAAGAGGAGUUCUAAUAUUGGUGUAGUUCCCACUUCAAAUAUAUUAUAUUAAUUUUCAUUUUUUUAUUAGUUAAACAAAAGAAAACUAAAAUUUUCUGGUGACUAAAGGUUUCUGUUUGACUCAAGACUCAGAAUAUAUCAAAGAC